CCUACACACGCUACACUGGGUGAGCAGGAGUAGGAGCGGCACGCGCUCAGGCAGCACGAGCGAGCCGGGUCGCAUUCAACACAGAAAGGGAUGAAGAAGAAAGCCUGACCGCCGGUUCUCUUCUACGAUGACAGCGGCUGUUUGUUGGCGGGAUGGGAAGAGGAGAAGAAGCUUUACUGGCAGACGUCGCCUCGCUGGUUUGUGCUGCGGACACUUAAUUGCUACAAUUGAAGACAAUUAAGCAGCAGUUGAGGCGCGAAGGCAGAGUGUUCGGUGUCAACUUUCGAAAGAGCUCACUGUGUGCUGGGGCAGCCGGUGGAUGUUGCGCCAUGGAGAUAAAGACAAGACUUCGUGCCAUGCUGAUGUUCUUAUGGAUUUUUCAAGGUGACACCAGGAAGUUGGAGAUCCCCAAAGGAGAGAUGGAGGCAGUCAGGGGCCAGAUGGUGGUGUUACACGCCUGGUACAGCCCCAACUCGGACAUUUCCAAAAACCCUGUCGUUUGGCACUUCACGGGUAAAGAAACCAAGCAGGUGAUCAGCUUCAGCUCAGGCGAGGUUGGUUAUGGUCAGAACGAGUUCACCAAAAGAGUGGGCUUCAGCGCGGCCAUGCCCUCAGCCAACCUGUCCAUCUACAUCAACAACACCCAGGAGUCGGACUCUGGGGCCUACUUAUGCACUGUCAUCAUCCCUGGAAGUCCUGUCCUUUUGGGAAACAUCCACCUUAAUGUCAAAGUCCCUCCUUCUCCCCCAGUGUGCGCCAUGACAGGGAACCCAGUGGUGAAGGGCAACGUGACUCUGAGCUGUAAGUCCAGUCAUGGAAAACCCGUCCCUCAGUACAAAUGGACCAAGUCUGCACCUAUGUCUGAGGUCUUCUUCUCCCCAAUGCAGAAAUGGAGAGCCUGCCCCCAGCCCAUGCUUGUCCUUGGGUUCAUGGAUGAGAGGCACGGCACCCUCAGGCUGAGCAACCUCACUAAAAGCAUGUCAGGGAAGUACAUCUGCCGAGCCAGCAACACUGCCGGGUCCGACAGCUGCUCCAUUAACCUGGAGGUUAUCACCUCUUCCAAUGCAGGCGUGAUUGCAGCAGCUACGCUGGGGUCAAUAGUGGGACUGGUGGCCAUGGUGCUCUUCCUCAUAUUCAUACUGAGAAGAAGGAGGGACACUGAGGAGGAGAUGGCCAACGAGAUCAAGGAGGAUGCUCAGGCACCAAAGCGAGUGUCAUGGGCAAAGAGUAACACUGGCUCAGACAUCGUAUCCAAGAACGGCACGCUGUCCUCCAUAGCCACCAGCCCUCGACCCCGAGACCCGAACCCGCCAAAAUACCACUACCCGUACUCGCCAACAUCAACUUCAGACGCUGGCUCGGUGAUCCAUGCCUACCAGCUGCGACCUGGAGAAGCCAGUAUGCUACAGGGACUUCCUGGUUAUAACAUUGGAGGCACCCCGUCACGCAAACACAAGCGACCUUCCAGUUCAAACGGGGCCCCUUCGCAGCUUUUAAGGGGCUCGGUGGUCGCAAUGCCCAACAGGACUGAGGGGGCUCAGCCCCAGGUGCCACCACCACCCACUGUGUCCCCACAAAUGAGCUCCUCCACUCUGACGCGCAUGGGAGCUGUAGCUGUCAUGGUGCCUGCUCAAAGCCAAGCCGGCUCACUGGUGUAAGCCAGCAGAACGAACGGAGAGAAAGAAUGCCUUGAAAUGGAAAGCACUUCCUCCACAAAGACAUGAAAGCUCCUGAGAGAAGAAAUUUCUUCCUUCGGCUUGUUCAGUUCAGUUUUUUUUUU